CCCCCAAUAUAAACAGCAUGGUCAUAGUUUUACUCUCGCACAGUGAAUGCAUUUUCUGUUCUUUUACUUACUUUCAUCUUACGCUCUCUCCUUUUCUUGUCCACCUUGCCCUUACAGACUGGCAGGUUGCUACGCUGGCACUGUUGGUAGGGGGUGGAGCCCUGGUGCUGAUGUCAUUCUUGGUUGCUCUGGUUGCUGUGUGCAUUGGCACGAGACGGCGGUUCUACGCGCCUGUUGCCUUCAUGCUCUUUUCUGCAGUUGUACUACAGGCCUGCAGUUUGGUCCUCUACCCUGUCAAGUUCAUCGAGAGUAUCAACUUGAGGAUCUACCAUGAAUUUAACUGGGGCUACGGCCUGGCCUGGGGAGGCACCAUCUUUUCCUUCGGUGGGGGAAUCCUCUACUGCCUCAAUCCCAAGAACUAUGAGGAAUACUACUAGUACUACCUCAUGUCUGGAACCCUCUGGUCACAUCUUCAGAGUCUGAGGGGUACAUAGGGACUGAAUAACAUUUCUAAUGUUCUGGGAAAGGGGGAGGGAGUGGGUGUCUAUUAACAGCUCGAUUCCCAAGAACUUUAAAGGGAAACAUCGGACAGCCAGUAACUGUAUUAUCACAAGUUUUGCAUCCAGACAGUGAACCUAGUGGUCUGGAGCUUAAGUUUUUUGCCUCAAUCAACACUAGUGUCAGUGCUGACUCUAAUGGAUAUUCAGACUGAUAAGCCUCAUGUUAGAUGGUGCAUCUUGGGACAGAUGAGGUAGGGGGCUUACAGGUUUAUUCCCAAGGCUUAUGAUACAGUCUAAGGAGAACUGACAACACUACGGUAACAAAGGACUCAGGUUACCAGUGUUAAUACCUCCAUUCUGAAUUGCAAGAACUGCUAUUAUGUCUAUUAACUUUUCUGUUUGGAAAAGCAGGAUGUCAGACUGACACUUUUGCCAGUUACACAUGGAUGCGCAUGCACAUACACAGGCAUAGGUAGCAUAUCUUUAUAUGUAAAGAAACCAUCAGAAACCCUCAAGAUCAUCAUCAUCAUCAUCAUCGUAAGUGCUUAUUUAGGAGCUGUUUUAUUUUAUUUUUAGAGUUCUGUGAAGCUCUUAAACUUUCACAAGGAUGUGAGACAUGCUGCAGAUGCUAGAGUUGUGCCUCGUAACUUUUCAUAACACAGAUCGAUUUGUCUUGUGGGAGAAGGUAAGGAGGGUGGAAUAAACUAAAGACAUUUGCUCAAUAUUCUGUUAUCAACCCACUUGUCUGUUACUGUGGCAACCCACAGGGUUUGCACAUGCAGCUGUCAUCAUUGAUUAGCUAUGAUUGGAGGUGUGAGAUGGGACAGCGCUCGGCUAAAUUUCGAUUGCCUAUCAUGCUGCGUUUCUUUGCACCGUGACAUAUGGAGCAUCCUUUAGUCUUCUUAUCUGGCUCAUGGCGGUGUCUACAGCACACAUGAGACACACAGCUCCAGUCUUUCAGUGGCCACGUUGUCAUGCACAGCAGCAGUUUGAGAAAAUUAGAAUGUGUUCUGAAUUUAAUUAUGUUCAUACACACACACACAUUCACAUAUUACUGUAUAAAAUCCAGUUAUUAUGUUUACUUUCAUUUGCAAUCGUUCCACAGUAAUUUGCAUCGUGGGCCGAUAGAAAGGAAAAAAGAUCAAACAAACAUGAUUUUUGUCCUCUUGUGAGGAAAAUGGUGGUGCGUCCGCCGUCUACAGGAGACAUUUCCUUUAUUUUUAUGGCCCAAAAGGACAAGUGUGUAACAGUAAAAUGGCAGAAACAACUUUAUACUGCUAGCACAUGUUUUGCAAAGCUAGCCGAGAUCCCACAGUGAUGAUGAAGCUGAGUGCAUGCUGACCCAGUGGGAUUUGUGUUGGUGUGUGGAACUGUGUUGUUGACUGGUAAUCAUGAG